GACCUGGAGCUGGAUUUCAGGUUAACAGGGCAGUUAAAGCACAAGCUGGCCCUCCAUGGAUCUGCCCUACUACCAUGGCCCACUGACUAAGCAAGAGUGCGAAACCUUGCUUCUCAAGGAAGGUGUGGAUGGCAACUUUCUGUUAAGAGACAGCGAGUCUAUGCCAGGAGUCCUGUGCCUCUGUGUCUCGUUUAAAAAUUUUGUCUAUACAUAUCGAAUCUUCAGAGAGAAGUAUGGAUAUUACAAGAUACAGACUGUGGAAGGUGCUCCAAAACAGAUCUUCCCAAACCUAGAGGAAUUAAUCUCCAAAUAUGAGAAGCCAGGUCAAGGGCUGGUGGUUCACCUUUCAAACCCAAUAAAGAGAAAGAGCCUCUUCCCAACGUGGAGAAGAUUACAGCUAGAGAUGAGUACUAUUUAUGAGAACAAUGACCAGGAGUAUGUGGAUGUCUUGCCUUGAACACAAGGACAAAGCAAGCUUGGGAAGAGACGGCAGAACCCUCACCUGCCACCACCUUUGCAGGUGUAGAUCCGAAAUGCCAAUUUCUAGAGGACAAUUGAGACUCCUGAUCUGGGUAACAGGAUCCUCUUCAGCCUCAGGAAGUCACUUCCCACGUGCCUGCCUCUUGGCACAGGCCACAGGAAGUUCCAAAGCAGCUCCUUACCUCACUACACUUUCUCAGAAUAGGACAGCCUGAACCUACUCUCCUGACUUGUUUAAGGGACUACCACUGCAUCAUGACUAACACUGUCUUUCCAAUAGGACAGCCAGAAGGGGAGCUUCACACAGAGGAAAGAGCACUUGGCAAAGUGUUCAGAGCUCAAGUGCUGUCGCUCUGUUACUUUGGAUGAAUCUUUCCAUUUCUCAUUCUCAAUUUCUUCAUCUGUGAGAAAAGUGGUUAGAUGGGUGACACACACUGCUUGGUCCCUCUGUUGAGCCUGUCUGGGGUGGAGCU